AUGGCCGACAUCACGAUCACAGCAGAUCCAAAUCUGCAUUACCCGCGCUCCAAUGAGUACGACCCGGAAGACUGGAAAUCCGAGACCACCUCAAUCGCCUCCUCUAUGUAUAAGGGGUUUAUGGAGAACGGUCGACGAUAUCAAACCCUGAGAGAUGCCGAGUAUUUCAGUCCCUCCGAUGAACAACAGUUCGAGGUGUAUGAAGUGGGACAUCUGGCAUGCCUUCUCAUGAACGCCGACGCGAUCAAUCCACUGUAUCUGGCACCAGUCCCGGCACCAAAGCAUGUGCUCGACAUUGGGACCGGGCAGGGCUCGUGGGCUAUUGAUGUGGCGGAUAUGUUCCCCGACGCUGUUGUCCGGGGUGUCGAUCUAUUCCCCCCGCCUGUUAGUUGGAUCCCGCCAAACUGCAUCUUUGAAGUAGACGAUGUAUUGCAGGACUGGACAUGGCGCGAAAAGUUCGACCUGAUUCAUCUUCGCCACGGGAUCGGUGCGUUUUCGCCGGACGAAUGGGACGUGCUCUAUAAGCAAUGUUAUAACAAUCUGGAACCCGGUGGCUGGUUUGAGCAGAUUGAAAUGGAUAUCCGCUGUGAGUGUGAUGACGGGAGUAUACCGGCGGAUAGUGUCCUAUUCACCUGGGGGCCUAGGUUCUUCGCCGCCGGCGAAAAACUGGGCAAGUCUCUUGAUAUCACGAAAACAAUGCGCGCCGACAUUGAGAAGGCCGGAUUUGUGGACGUUCAUGAGAAGACUACGAAGUGGCCUAUCGGGGCAUGGCCGAGAGACAAAGCAUUGAAGGAGGCUGGCAUAGUCAAUAUCCAGCACUGGCUGUCGGGCAUGGAGGGCUACUCAAUGUACCUGCUCACCAAGUAUGGAGACCCGCUGCCGUGGACCAGGGAGGAAGUCCUGGUUUAUGUUGCCGAAAUGCGGAAAGCGCUCAAAAACCCGCGCUUCCACGCCUAUCAGCGCGCGAAGCGAAUCUGGGCCAAGAAGCCACUUUCGGAUGAGGUGGUUGUGAAGAGUGAGAGCCCCGCCGUCAUCAAGCAGGAAUGA